AUGCUAACGUACGUCAACGAAAAAUACAUAGACAAGAAAACCGCGCUAAUGAACGUGAGGAGGUACGGCAGGAAGAGUGGAUACUACCUUAACAUUGAAGCAAAUACUAAAAUGGAAUUUGGAAACAACGUAUCGCUCAACCUAAUCUUCUUCGAAUUCCUUCACAAUGAGUAUAAACGCAGUUUUGUGGAGAUGAAGUUUCCGAAGAUCUGCGACGCUUUGUACUCGGAUCCUUAUAUUGGCGGAGCAUUCAAGCUUAUUGGUGUGAUUUGUCCAAUACCACCGGGAUUUCAAAAGCUGAACAAUAUAACGGUGCCAAUGGCAAACUUUCCGAAUGUGUGGCCCUUUGAAAAAUGUAAAGUUGAAGCAACGCUGCUACAGAAUAAGAAUCGAGACAUUAUGGCUACGGCAGAUAUUUAUGCUACUUUCAAACAAGUUGCUAAAGGAAAAUGA